AUUCCGGAGUUGAGGCAUUACGCUCCGGGUGUUCCUAUUAUUCUCGUUGGAACAAAGCUUGAUCUUAGAGAUGAUAAGCGAUUCUUUGUCGAUCAUCCUGGGGCAGUUCCAAUUACUACAGCUCAGGGGGAAGAACUCAAGAAACUGAUUGGAGCACCUGCGUACAUCGAAUGCAGUUCAAAAACACAACAGAAUGUGAAGGGGGUGUUUGAUGCGGCGAUAAAGAUAGUACUGCAACCACCGAAGCAAAGGAAGAAGAAGAAGAAAGGGAACAGAAACUGCUACAUGUUGUGAGAGAUAGGUAAAACAACGGAAUUUAUUAUUAUUCUUAUUCUUAGAAGGUCUUGGGAAUAUUCGAGUCUCGAGAAAAUAACCAUUGUAAGAAGGAAUAUGUAAUUGUAACUGUCUGGUUCGUAAACCCUAGUUCUAAAUAUCACAAGACGAGAAGCUUCUAGAAGAUGACGAGUAGGUGUUAAGUGUUGGGGCAUUGUAUCUUCUUUUCUGUUUUUUAAUUUUUAUUUUCAAUAUCCUAUUUUCUUCAGACAGUGCUAUGUAACUAUAUACACUUGGUUGUAGGCAUUUUGGUUUUCUGGCAUUCUGGUU